AUGGAAAUCGAUAAUCAUACUAACGGGAGAAAUCUUGAUGCGAAUGGUGAUGAGACUGAUACCAACCUUUAUUCAAGGCAAAUAUAUGCUUUGGGCGAAUCUGCUAUGAGGCACCUUAGAGCAGCUUCGGUGUUAAUAUCUGGACUUGGAUCAGUUGGUGCUGAAAUAGCAAAGAACCUCAUACUUGGAGGUAUUCGAAGGGUCACUAUUCAUGAUACACGUUGCACAACUUGGCGGGAUCUCAGUGCUCAGUUCUAUUUGCGGGAGGAAGAUGUAGGCAAAAAUCGUGCGGCUGCUAGUUUCCAACGUUUAGCUGAACUAAAUGAUAGUGUGACAUGCAGCUUAUCCACAGAGCCGCUUACUAAAGAAUUUGUUAAACAAUUUCAAUUGGUGAUUUUGACUGAUACAUCAUUGCGCCAACAACUGGAGAUUAAUGAGUGGACAAGAUCUAAUAAAAGCUGCUUAUUGGUGGCUGACGCAAGGGGUCUUUUUGCAUAUAUUUUUACAGAUUUUGGAGAAAAUUUCCGUAUUGAUGAUCCUAACGGUGAACAGUGUAAGGAGGUCCUCAUCGAACAUGUAGAUAGAGAAACAGGUGAUGUCACAUGCUUGGAGAAUGCUAUUCAUGGUUUUGAGGACGGUUACUACGUAACUUUUUCUGAAGUGAAGGGUACUACGGAACUGAAUGGGAUAGCACCAGUAAAAAUAACAGCCCCUAAACCUCAUGUGUUUAAUAUCGGGAAAAUUGCGGAGAAGUUCUCUCCUUAUAUUGAAGGUGGCAAAGCUAUACAAGUAAAGCUGCCAAAAUAUGUUUCUUUCAAAACCCUCUCAGAAUCAUUGACUAAUCCAGAUUUUCUGGUUUGGGACUUUGCAAAAUUUAAUUAUCCCGCUCAGCUGCACUUUUUGUGGCAAGGCUUGUACGCAUUUGAAGAAAAGCAUGGUCGUUCGCCUUCACCGAGGUGCGAUUCAGACGUAAAGUUGCUUGAAGAGGAAAUCUUGAAAUAUAUCGUUGUGGAAGAGAAUCUCAUCAAGCUUUUUAGCUAUCAGGCCUCAGGAAAUCUGGUAGCAAUUUCUUCAAUUGUUGGUGGAAUUGCAGCUCAAGAAGCGAUGAAGGCAAUCACUCAUCAUAUGACACCACUGAAGCAGUACUUGUAUAUUGAUUGUAUUGAGGCAUUGCCGGGUGAAUGGUCGCCGUUUGAUAAUGCAAAGUUGACUGCUGAGGAUUGUAAACCUACUCAAUCACGCUAUGAUGGGCAAAUUGCGGUAUUUGGGAGAGCUUAUCAAGAAGCACUUGCCAACCAAAAAUUUUUCAUUGUUGGUGCUGGUGCUAUCGGUUGUGAGCUUUUGAAAAAUCUUGCUAUGAUGGGUGUGGCAACAGGCGACGGAAGCAUAAAAAUAACUGAUAUGGAUCAGAUUGAGAUCAGCAAUUUGAACAGACAGUUUUUAUUUAGGAGGAAAGAUGUUGGGGGCAAAAAAUCGGAAGUUGCAGCUAAAGCUGUUCUGGGAUUCAACCAUAAUUUAAAAAUACAAGCACUUUCUGAAAGAGUUGGACCGGAAACGGAAGCAGUUUUUAAUGACUCAUUUUUCACUGGUCUUGACUGUAUUUUGAAUGCUCUUGACAAUGUUGAUGCUAGAAGAUAUGUGGACAGGCGUUGCAUUUAUUACCGCCUUCCAUUACUAGAAUCUGGAACAAUGGGAGCGAAAGGGAACAUACAAGUUGUUUAUCCUUAUCUCACGGAAUCGUACGGAUCUUCUGUCGAUCCACCUGAAAGAGAAAUUCCAAUAUGCACGUUGAAAAACUUCCCAAACGAGAUUCAUCAUACUAUCCAAUGGGCCAGGGACCUAUUUGAAGGGAUUUUUUCGUACUCUGCCGAAACAGUUAACCAGUUUUUAGCUGAUGAGCGGGCGUUCUUGGGACGAUUAGAGUCGAUGAAUAUGGGACAGCGAAUUCAAUUACUUGAACAAAUAAAACGGUCACUUGUCGAUGAAAGGCCAAAGACUCCGGAGGAUUGUGUAAUAUGGGCUCGUACUUGUUUCCAGGAAAAUUACCACAAUGCGAUUGCACAGCUGCUACAUAUUUUCCCAGCGGAUCAGGUGACAGAUUUUGGUGUUAAGUUCUGGUCUGGCACGAAAAGACGACCUCAUGUUUUGGAGUUUGAUCCAGAAAAGGAGGAGCAUUUUAAUUUUGUUUACGCUGGAUCAAUCUUGCGAGCACAACAGUACAAACUCAAGCCAAUACUUGACAAAAACAAAAUUUUAUCAAUUUUGAAACAGUUCAAACCUGAACCUUUCAAGCCACGGAAAGGCGUGAAGAUUGCUGUGUCAGAAGCAGAAGCGAAGGAACAGUCGAAUCUCAAUGAUGGUUACUCAAUAAUGUUUUGUUUUUAUGACGCGGAUGAACAAUUAUCUGAUUUGAAGCUGAAAUUGGCGAAAUUAAACACAAAAAGUAUACAACCAUUGGUACCUAUAGAUUUUGAAAAGGAUGAUGAUUUGAAUCAUCAUAUGGAGUUUAUAACUGCUGCUUCUAAUUUAAGAGCGGAAAAUUACGACAUUGCUCCUGCUGAUCGUAUGAAGACGAAACAAAUAGCUGGUCGAAUCAUUCCUGCUAUAGCUACCACUACUGCAGCUGUGUCUGGUCUUGUUAUGGUUGAGUUGCACAAAUUGAUCGGUGAUGGUACUAGUUUACUUAAAAUCCCGAUUGAGCGGCUCAAAAAUGGCUUCCUAAACCUUGCUCUACCGUUCUUUGCAUUCUCGGAGCCAAUACCUGCACCUGAGAAAAAGUAUAAUGACAAGACAUUUACGUUAUGGGACCGUAUUGAAAUCCAGGGGCCGAAAACCCUCAAGGAAUUUUUGUUUCAAACGUUAUUUGAUUGUUUCAGAGCGGAAACGAAACUUGAUGUGUCAAUGCUGUCCUCUGGGGUUUCAUUAAUCUACAGCUUUUUUAUGAAUCCUGCAAAAAGAGCAGAAAGAAUGGAUCAAGAUGCAACUUUGAGAUUAGAGGAAGAAAUCUUUAAUUCUAUCCCAUAUAUUAAAUACAACUUCUAA